GAUUGCAACAAGGCGGCUCACACGCCGACGAAGCUCACCGUCUGCUACCACAACGGUGGCCACUACGACUUCCACUUCCUGCUGAGAGGCUUCGCGAAGCUUAAGCACGCUGCUUUGACGGCUGCUUCCGCGGCGCCAGAGAAGGACAAGCCCUCGAGCUCGGUGGCGGGCCGCCGCAAGCUGAGAACAUUUGGCGUCAAGGAGCUCUCUAGACGGGUUCAGAAGGUCAAGCUGCGGUCCCUGGUCAACUCGCUUCCAAAGGCCGAGAUCGACGUGCUUCGAGAUUGCAAGGUCUCCAUCCUUCAGAGGAGCGGUGAGUCGAUCUUGACGCUCGACAUAGGCCGCUUGAGGUUCAUCGACACCAUGAACUUCUGCAAGGCCGGAUUGGGGAAGUUGAUCGAGUCUCACAAGCGGUCGGCCCUCAAAGCGGUCAACCUUCGAGGAGAAUCUCCGGCUUCUGGGCUGGAGAGGGCAUUUCCCUUGACGUCUUCGAGGCACCCCGUCCUCAAGCACGCGCAGGGUUCCGCUGGUGGUACAGACGCCGUGUGGGAGGCCUUGCUGCGCAAGCUGCCCAUGCCGUGGUCCUACUUCGCGGACUGCGGUGCCUUCAACAAGCCGGCGGUGUGGCCCCUGGAGUGUUACCACAGCGAGCUGUCUGGCAGAUGCUCGGAAGAGGUGUUCGACUGCUACCUCGCCUUGGACAUCACUGCCUACGCCGAUCUGAUGCAGAUAUUCCGGGAGCACUUUUACGACACUCACCACGUCGACCCGUUCCUCUACCCUUCACUACCUUCAGCGACUUGGGACUCCGUUCUCCGGGACAUCACUCAGCGAGGUGCCCGGCAGCUCCAUUUGAUCACCGACGUAAACGUCUACAAGGCUGUGAAGGCGUCGAUGAUGGGAGGGCUUUGCACGGUGUUCAGACCGCACAGCGAGGCAAACUUCGAGGGCUUGGAGAGCUUCGACGCCGAUCAGCCGGUCAAGAGGUGUUUGUACAUGGACAUUAACUCCCAGUACCCUCAUGCCAUGACUAAACACCUGCCCUGUUCGGGUGGAGAACGAGUGUCUCUGCCCGAGGACAGCGCGAAAAGGUUGGCAUGGCUCCAUGAGACGCUCGACGGCUUGAGCCUCCAUGAGGAUGCGCUGGAGACGACCUUUCUGGUGUUUGUCUCCUACGACUACCCAGAAGAAGUUCACGAAGUUGUGGAUUUCCCAUCGCCUUGCCGGCUGUCCAUUCCUCCUUCAGAGGUCGGACCGUACGCCAAGGACGCUAUGAGAAGAGGCAGGCCUGUUGAGAAACUCAUCCCCUAUCUUGGCAUGCACCGCUGUGAGGGGAUCCACGGCAAGCGCUUGCUCUUCCUGCGCAACCACCUCGGUGUCCGCAUCUGGGAAGUUCACGAGGCCUACGCGUUCGAAAGCCAUCCCGUCCUCAGGGAUUUCAUGGAGAAGUCGUACGCGUACAGACGGCAACUCAAGGAUGAGGGCAGGGACACGGCACAGGGCUUCGUGAAGUUGUGCGUCAACAGCGUGUACGGAAAGACCGUGCAGAAUCAGGAGAAGUACCUCAACACCACGCACUACUUCGACCCCGUCUCCUUCAGCCGGGCUCAGGCCGACCCCGCGGUCGCAGACUUCAACACGGAGAUCUUCGAGCCGGACGCCUUCUUGGGCACGGUGCGGAGGGUGCGAAGCGCCAAGAGGAACGUCAACCGCAGUCCGGUUCAGGUCGGCUGGGCAGUCUUGGAGCUGGCCAAGCUCCACCUUUCCAUUCAGUACUGGGUCGGCAUCAAGGCCACACUUCCCAAGGUCGUCAUCGGCGAUGUGGACCCCGUGCCCUUGCUCGCUGAGGCUAACCUGAAGCUGCCGGUGGAGUUCGACCUCAUCGGAGACCUCGAUGUCGUUGAGUUCGAGCGGUUUUACCGCGGAAAGAUCUCGGAGCCCGCGCUGGCAAAGCUGCGACAACUUCGUGGCAAGCUCGGCGCUCUCUCGAACGAGUGCUCCAAGCACGCGAUCCUCAGCGUGGUCUGCUUGGCCGUCAAGAAGUACAGCAUCCUCCUGGACUCCGACGUGCAGAUCCAGAAGGCUAAGGGCGUGCCCGAGAUCAUUCGCAAGCAGGUCAGGCAUCAGGAAUACCUCCGGAUCCACGAGGAGAACGCGAUCAGGUACGAUGCCUCAACCCAGCUGCGCUCCUCUCAACACCAAAUCCACGCGGUGGAAGAGAGGAAAAAGACGUAUGGGGUGCUGAAUGACAAGGGCUUUCAGCUGACCAAAGAAUAUGUCCGCUCGUUAGGCCAUUGGCGCAACGCCUUCUUGGGGCUGUGGCGGCGGAUCGAGGGGAGGGCCGACCUCUUCAACCUGAUCAUGGAGUUUGAGCGCGGACCCUUGCCUCCCAUGAGACCUGAAUGGGGACAGCCCGUCAGAGAGUUGAUGAAGAAGACCCGCCGUUGA